AUGAGUUUGCCCAGUAGAAAACGAAGCAGAGUCCCCAUUGCUUGUGAUCGCUGCAAGAAAAGGAAACGGAGGUGUGAUGGGAGUCAGCCAUGCCAGCUGUGUGCCCGGUCUAACGCCGAAUGCGAGUAUUCUUUGAAAUCACUACUUGUUCAAAAUGGUGGUAGCGAAGCGUAUACUAAAGAAUUGGCUACUGUUAAACAAGAAAAUUUGGAUUUGGUAGAAGAAAACCGACGCUUACGGAGCAUGGUACAGUCUUUGGAACUGCAACAGAAACAGCUACAACCGUUUAACCCUCAUGAUAUGGUCAGAGGGAGUAACAAACUUGCUGAAACAAUAUUCACAGAAAUAUUGUCCAAAGUGCUUUUCAAAACUUCUGGAGAAGAAAAUGAAUACAUUGGAAGUUUUGCAGUGAUCACCAUUGUAAAAAGUAUAAAGACCCUUCUUCUAGGACAAGAACAAGAGCCGGAAUAUUUACCGAUCAUCUUGGAUAAUGUUAUAGGAGAGGAGGACUUCGUUCCCGAUAGAAUGGAAACCAAUUUUCUUGACAAAUUCUUCAGUUUAGCCCAUAAUAGAGGAUACUUUAUUGAUCAUGUUGAGUUCUUUAAAAUGAUGGGUAAGCCUGUUGGCGAAAGAAAUUCUUGGGAGAAGUUUUGCUGGCAUAUGGCAUUGGCUAUAGGAUGUCGAUUAGUAGAAUUGUUGCACGUCACCACAUAUCCACAGCCUGAAGUGUAUUUAAGAAGAGCUUUGAAGGAAUUGGUUAAUGCCAACAUGAACCCUUUGAGACAGCUGCAGGCAUGUUUGUUGAUUGCCGUGUUUAUUAGCAGAAGUUAUCACUUAUCCUUUUAUGUGUCUGCCUGGGAACUAACUGGAUGUGCCAUUAGAAAGCUUGUGCAAUUUGGAUAUUUCAGAAAGCAGCCUCUGACCCUUCAGAACUGUUGGAAUUAUGAGUUCAUAAAGAGGAUGUUCUGGUCAGCUUAUAACUAUGAUAAGCUUUUGUCUUUGUCUCUCGGAAGACCAUGCUCCAUUGUUGAUAAUUUCGUUGAUUUACCUUAUCCAAUAAGUAUAGAUUUUCCUACACGCCCAGUUGAGGCCGACUAUCAAAAGUUAUACCAAUUACAAUUGCAACAACAGUGGGAACCAAACUUCAAGCAAUCUAUCUCGGGUUUUACCUCCUUCAUAGCCACAACAAAUAUCAGAAUCAUCGAAACUAGAAUUCACUUGUUAUUAUAUUCAGUGAACAAUAAUUUUCCAAUAGCUGAUACAAUUGAAACACUCAAAGCAGAUAUUGACAAUUGGUAUCACAGUCUACCUUCACGUGAUGAAUUUGAGAUGGUGAUGAAUAAGAGAGAAAGCUAUGACUUUCUUGAUUUACUGUACUAUAGGGCCAGGUUGAUUUUGCUUUUACCAUUAUUAAUGAGAAGUCAUAAUUCCGAGAGAGAUCUGCUCUUGGACCAAGCUUGUCUUGCUGCUGGAAAGAUUUGUUCUUGUUACAAGAAGCUUUACCGUGAUUCAAUCUUAGAAUUCAGUAUUGUGGCAUUACAUACAGUUUUCUUAGCAGGUAUCACAAUGGUUUAUUACUUGAAAAACAAGGGCGAGCCAACAUUUAUAAACAUUCAAAAUGAUCUCAGGGCAGGUUCCAGUUUGUUGUUUGUAUUUUCAGAAAGAUGGGUGGAAGCUAAAACCUACAGUGACUUAUUUGAUAGUCUUUUGGAGGACAUAGAUAAAAUCAAAAAUAGUCCCAAAGAAUCCAACAUCGUGGAUAAAGCAGAUACGACAAAUCCAAUCCUUGAUACUUUCCAAACACCCAAUAAUCUCAGUGAAGAUUUCUGGGACCAGAUUCUAGAGAAUAUCAAGCACCACAACCAAGGUUAACGUCUCAAAGUAUUCACACUCACAUAAUUUGUAUUUCUAUAGAAGCUGUAUAAAUGAUUACUUCUUUGGCUUGUAAGGAUAUUGCUCUUUAAAAGUGUUUGCAAUGUCAGAUCUUGAGCAAACCCAAACAUCUUCAUGACUGUUCACAUACUCAACAAACUUUUUCAAGGCUUGGAAGUAUCCAGGUCUACCGAUAAUCCUACAAUGUAAUCCAACUGUCAUCAUCUUACCGCCUUCUUCGUAAAGAGUGUCGAAAGCACCCUUCAAAUGAUCAUAAAACGCUUGAGUAGAUCUGAAUCCAUUGACAUUCAAGAAUCUAAAAUCGUUACAAUCGUACGAGUAUGGAACCAACAAAAGACCUUUCUUCUCUUCAUCGGGGAGAUCAGCUUCAGCUGGAACAUCAACCCAAUAUGGAACAUCGUCCCCAUAGAAAUCACUAAUAUAUGGAAGCUUCUUACCUUGUUCACGAUAAACCUCGGUAAUUAAUCCAAUGCUGUGAGGAGAGAGUCUUCCCAUGUACCAGCCAGGUGCCUCUUCUCCAGUUGUUUCCUUCAAGAUUUCUAUUUGUUUGAUAAUGUAAGCCUUUUCAACCUCUUCAGAAACAUCAUCAUAUGGAAUCCAUCUGUAAGCAUGACUUGCAAUUUCGUGCCCAUCGUUAACAAAAGCCUUGGCAACGGCAACAUUGUUUUCGAAAGCUUUACCAACAGCAUAAGCAGUGAUUCUGUUGCCGAACUUCUUGAAAAGGUUCAAGAUUCUCCAGACACCAACUCUCGAACCGUAAUCAUAUUCAGUCUCAGCAUCGUAAGCUCUAUUGGGAAAGGGACCUGGCUUGGAGCUAGUGUAUAAGUAGAAUUCACUAGUAUCAUCACCGAGAGCCAAAGAUCUUUCUCCACCCUCUUCAUAAUUUAAAACGAAAGAAAUUGCAACCUUCUUUCCUUUUGGCCAUUGAACCUUCAAGCCUUCUUCUCCAUAACCAAUUAAAUCUCUUUUAAGAUCAUAUUUAGUUCCAGCCAACUUGUCGAUGUUAACUUCCUCUGGGAUGCUAGUAGCAGUGGUGAUAUCGUACAUUGUAGAUGAUGCUCCUCACAGGACUCACUAUUGGAUACCAAUGGCCUUAUAUCUUUUCUGAUCUCUGCGGAAGCAUCCGCACAUUUUUUGGGAU